UAGUUUUUACUAUCCUAUAUUAAACUUGCUAGCACAAGUUUAAUCUUGGACUCCGGAGCAAGUUCGUGUGGAUACGUUGGAGGCUUCAUACGUUUGGCGCUACGUUCAUCUCCUCAAAACCAUCCCCGACCGUUCCUCUGUUCUCCGUUCUCACCGUUAAGGGCGUUACAGGUGCUUCCUCUUCAACCGGUCCACGCCCCUCUCCUCCAAAAAAAAUGUCGGACCAACAGGAAAUUGUUGAGAUCAUUGAUGAGGAGGAAACUCCUCAGACCGGGGCGGCUGAGGUGAAUCAUCCAUCCAACAAGGGGAAAAACGUCCGGGUGAAGAAGGUGGCCACCACCCACCCGGCGGCGAAGAGGAAGAGAGGAGAGAAUGUACUGAUUGUCCAAUUGGUCGAGGAGCUCUGGGUCAAGCUGGGGCUCAGGAUGAAAGAACUUGGUGAAGUUGGUCCUGACGCCAUGGAGGAGUUCUCAGAAGGCUCUCCCUCCCAGGUAUCCCAGCUGGAGGAGAAGCUGAGGAAGGCCGAAGAGCAUAACCGGGAGCUCAAUGUCGUGUUUACGCGGCAGGUUGAUGAGAUGGCGAACCUCUCAAACAUGGCCGGGGCAGUAGGGGCGGAGAACCUCCAUCUAAAGGAGGAGAACAUGCAGCUAAUGGGGGAGGUCUCCCGUCUGAAGGAGGAGGCCGAGAAGAAAGACCGGGAGCUACCCGAUAUAGCCCGUCAGUGGGUAAAGGAGAAUCUCAAGGAUGCCACCCAGGUGUUCACCUCUAACCCGGAAAGGACGAUGGAAGCUUUCAAGCUGCUCUACCGGGAGCCGCACAGGAAGGACAUGAUCACGACGAUAGGCUUCUAUGGCUUCAUGUCCGGCCAAAAGAGAGAUCAGGAGGCCACCCACGCCAUCUUAGCCGACCGGGAUCCGGACUUUAAUGCUGAAUCAUAGAAUAGAUCUCCCCGGCUGCGCCCGCUUGAAAUUUGUAAAACUUUAACCUUCUCUAUUUCCCCGGGAAUGCCCGGAGUAUUUAUAAACAUUUAACAUUUACUUUAAUAUAAAUUCCAUGUUUGUUUUCCUUCCCGGUUAUCUUCGUCCUUUGAAUGUUUGGCUUGAUAUCCUGCUUUUUGUAUCUUAGG